UCUCGGGCGGCACCUUUGAGAUGUACGAAGUGACGAACGCGGCCACCGGCGCCGUGUCGUUUGCAGACGGCGGCACCGUCACGCUGGGCGCAGUGAACAACGCUGGCGGCGUCACGAUGACGACUGGCUCUGCCACGGGCACCGCCAUCACAAACACCGGGGUCGUCAGCAUCGAGGCGGGGAUCAUCAACCUGGCCUUCGCAAACAAUGACGGCGGGGUCAUCCACGUGGCGGACGGCGUGACAGGCACAAUCACGCUUGCAGCCGGCGCCAAGUCUGGCGCGUGCCGCCUGCCAUCGUCCGGUCUGACGGCCACUGGCUUCGCUUGCGCGGCGCCGUCCACGGUGGUCACCCAUUUCUUGCUCGGCGGCACGGUCGAAGACAUUGGCGCGGCGGAGCAGACGGCGAUCAAGAAGGUGAUCGCCGAGGGGGCCGGUGUGCCAACGUCGGCGGUCUCCCUCACGCUCUCGCCUGGCUCUGUGCUCGUCCGUGCCGAGAUCCUGCUCAAGGACGAUGCCACCGCCACCGCGGCGGAGAACGCGCUCUCGGGUGCGAACGGCAUCCUCGAGAAUGCGGCAAGCCUUCAGGCGGCUCUCAUUGCUCAGUUCCAGGCGGAUGGCAUCGACACCACCGAUCUCACGGUCGAGGGUCUCGUGCAAGCCCCCCCGCCAAGCCCCCCUGGGAGUCCCGGAGACGGAGGCGGCGGCGGCAGCUGCGGCGUCGGCUGCAUCGUCGGCAUCGUCUUCGGCGUCUUUGCCCUCCUCGCCCUGAGCGCGCUCCUCUUUCUAUUCCUGACGGGCGCCGCCUGCUUCAAGAAGGUGGAUGGGGGCUACGCAACAGGAAAGCCAGGGGCAGCCGGUGCCGCCGAGGCCGCCGAGGCUGCCUAAGAGGGCACCCCCGCCCGGGGGGUAAGCGCGGCCACGCGCAAGUUCGCGACCACGCGAUCACGUGGCUGCGUCCGACGCGCCCCAGCAUGAGAUAUGUGUCCAGUAUGCAUGUUGCGUCACCACCUCACCGAUUCGUUUGGCGAACCGUCGUGGCAAUCGGUGCUGGCAAGUGCGGCAUCGAUUGGUCGGUUUGGUUGGUCGCGAUGUUGAUUGUCCGUACCUCCAUGCUGUUUUGUGUUGACUAGAGAACGAGUGUAGCAGGAGUGUCGUCGUCUGCGCACGAUGUAUAUAGUCGGUUGUAUAUAGCAG